ACUUGUCCCCUCCCCACCCUUUUAAAACCAGAGAAAGAUGGGGAGAGAGAGCUCUACAGCAAUGGCGUUUUAUGGAGACGAAGAGGAGGUGUGGAAAUGUCCACAACACCCUUCGAAGCGACGGAGGAGCGGAAUUUGCCCUACCUGCCUCAGGGACCGUCUCAACACUCUCUGUCCGGAUUGUGCUACCUUGCGCCCCUGUGAUUGCUCCACCACCGCCGCCAUGACCUCCUCCUCCAUAUCCUCCUCUGGUUCCGCCGGCAUCGGUCCAAUCGGACUCGUUUCCAACCUCAUCGACACCGAGCCUUCGUUUCGUCGCUCUCGAUCAGCCGCGAUUCCGUUCUUCCGUCCUCGAUUCGCCGGAGUCAGCAACAAGCCUCCGGCGCCAAGAAAUCGGGGCAACUCGUCGAUUUGGUCCGUGUUCACGACGCACAAGAACAAGAGAGAAGAUGAAGAAGCGAAGAGGAAGGAAGUCGAAACAGAGAAUGAUUACGCGCAGCGCAUGAUGACGAUGAUGAGAUCGAGAUCGGUGAGCGUGCUGAUUACGUCAGAUUCCGGCGCCGGAGACUUCAGAAAUUCGCCGGCGAAGGGCAAGGGUUGGUACUUUCCGAGUCCGAUCAAAGUGUUCCGGCAAUCCAAGAGUUCUAAAGUAGUUCAAGAACGAUCGCCUUUGUUGUACAGAAGUUAAUUGCUAAAUUUUUGUAUUCAAAACAAGAAUUCGAUACGUUAACCAAAUCACAUUAUCUCACAAUAUU